UGACAGGUUGAUGGUGACUUAGUGCUAGCAGUGGCGAUGGUCAGAGUUGUUGGAUUCUGGUUAUAUUCAGAAGGAAGAACUGAAAGGAUUGGCUGACAGAUUGCACGCAGGGUGAGAGAGAAUUUGACUUAUAAGGUUUUGGGGCUGUCUUAUUGGAAGACUAGAUUUACUGUUAAUUGAGGUGGACAAACCGAGGGCAGAAAAGGUUUGGAGGAGUAUCCAGAAUUUGGUUUGUAACAAAUUUAAUUUGAUCUACCACUUUAUGUUUCCAUCCAGUGUGUCAAGUAAGCAGUUUUAUACAUGGCAACACGGGCAUAUAAAAGGUCAGGAGUGGCAAUGUAAGUUUGCACAUCAUCAGCAGAUAAAUAGAACAUAUUUGAAAAGCCAUAAGCCUAGAUGAGGUAACUAAGGGAGUAAAGCAUAUAGAGAAGACAUGAGAAGCUUUGGGGCACUCAAGUAGUUAGUUAGAAGUUAGAUUGCUGAGGAGCAACCAACAGAAGGAAACAAGAAACAGUACUAUCCAGUGAGGUGGGAGGAGAAAACUGAGUGUGGGGUCCCAGAAGCCAAAGAAAAGACUUCAAGAAGGUAGACAUGAUCAAGUGUAUCAAAUGCUCACUAGGUGUGUAAUGUGAAGACUGAUAACUAUUAUUUUUGCUGAGUUUUCCCUGAUGUUUACUCGUGAAUACACCUGUCUCCUUCUGUCCAUCUUCAAACUGAAAGUGCCAUGAGGUCAGGUAUCUAAUACGUGACAUGUAGUAAAGCUCAGUAUUUGCUGAAUAUGUGCUACUGGCACCCUCUUCGAGCCCUCAUCUCUUUCUAAUCUUGCACUUGAGUACAUUGUUUACAUUGCUGCCCAUCUGUCUGACCUUCCCUGUCUAGAAAGCUUCAGGGGCUCCCCAUUACCUGCAUUAUAAAAUCCUGGCACCUCUCCUGACAAAUCCAUCCAUGUCAUCUUUUUCAGCCUCAUCUCCUACCACUUCCUAUUCAUACCUAUACCCUAAUAUGGAACAAUUUAUAGUUCUGUCUACAGACUGUAUUAUUUCAUCCUUCUAUGGCUUUACUCAUUCUAUUUAUUUUUUCAGCCUAAGAUGACUUUCCUCCUUGGCUUGGCUAAAGUCUAGCUUGAAGAAUCAGGAAGCUUUUGUGAGCCAACUCAUUCAGUCCACAGGCAGCCUCCAUAAUAACUGUACAUAAUCUCUAUCACCUUUCUUAUUCUCUAACUUUUUUAUGUGUCUGUUAACGUUUUCUAAAGUAUAAAUUUUUUAGGGUCAGAAGUGUAUCUUUCUUUAUCUUCCUCUCCAUGGUACCUGUCACAGUGCUAUCUUCUGGGUAGGCACUCUAAAUAGUGAAUUUUAAGAGAACAGGAAAAUGAAGGGGAAGGCAUUCAAAUGUGAGCUGAAGAUUGUCUGGAUCAGUGACUUGACAGAUAUCAAUGCAAGCCUGAAUAAGAAAAAGAAUUUCUCCCUCCUAAGCCAUGGCAUAUCAGUUGUACAGAAAUACCACUUUGGGAAACAGUCUUCAGGAGAGCCUCGAUGAGCUUAUACAGUCUCAACAGAUUACCCCCCAGCUUGCCCUUCAAGUUCUACUUCAAUUUGAUAAGGCUAUAAAUUCAGCGUUGGCACAGAGGGUCAGGAACCGAGUCAAUUUCAGGGGCUCUCUAAAUACAUACAGAUUCUGCGAUAAUGUGUGGACUUUUGUAUUGAAUGAUGUUGAAUUCAGAGAGGUGACAGAACUUAUUAAAGUGGAUAAAGUGAAAAUUGUAGCCUGUGAUGGUAAAAAUACUGGCUCCAAUACUACAGAAUGAAUAGGAAAAAAAUGGCUUUUUAAUGCCAUCCUGUUAUUGUUCAUCGCUUUUUGAAGAGAAGCAUAGAAGAGACUUUUUUUUAAUUUAUUCUAGCAUUGCAGAAAUGACUACACUGUGCCGUACUAUCAGAGAAUUCCAGUAGAAAGAAGCUUAUAAUUCUGUACCUUGUUACAUUACCUUAUUAUACAGCAUGAAGAAUCAGAACUUUUUUUUAAUGACAAAUCAAACAUUGUGGCCUUCCUAAGACCAUUCUUUAAUAAAUUCAUUUUAAAACUCAA